AUGGAAAAGCUAAUACCAAAAGAGUUCGAUUUGUCGAACAAGGACCGGUCGGAUGAGGCUCUUAUGCGUUGGCGGAAGGCGGUCGGACUAGUGAAGAACCGCCGCCGCCGCUUCCGUUAUUCCGCCGAUCUUGGAAAGCGCUCUGAAGCCAAAGAACAGAUGCUAAAAAUCAGAGAUCGUUUGCGCGUUUGUUUAUUGGCAUAUAAGGCAGCAUUCAGGUUUAUUGAUGCUGGUGGGCAAGGUAACCAAUUUACCUCUGAAGAGGCUAUAGACUCCUGGGAAGAAGAUAUUCAAAAUGAACUCCAAGAAGAGGCUAGAGAAGCAGGGUUUCAAAUUCACCCAGAUAAACUUGCUUCUCUUGUUGCUUCUUACGACAUCACGACCUUAAGAAAACUCAAAGGAGUUGAAGGACUUGCAAGUCGAUUGAAUGUUACAUUGAAUGAAGGAGUUGAAUCAACUAGUAUACCUAUCAGGCAAACUAUUUUUGGCUCCAAUGAAUACACUGAAAAACCUUCCAAGAGUUUGUGGAUGUUCGUGUGGGAGGCUAUGCAUGAUAUAACACUUAUAAUCCUUAUGGUUUGUGCUGUUGUCUCUAUAAUUGUGGGACUUCCCACUGAAGGUUGGCCAAAGGGAAUGUAUGAUGGUUUAGGAAUCAUAAUUAGUAUUUUCUUGGUUGUCAUGGUUACUGCAGUUAGUGAUUACAAGCAAUCACUGCAGUUUAAGGAGUUGGAUAAGGAGAAGAAAAAGAUUUUUAUACAUGUCACUAGGGAAGGGAUUCGACAGAAAGUCUCCAUACACGACUUGGUAGUCGGAGAUAUUGUUCAUUUAUCAAUUGGAGACCAGGUUCCAGCAGAUGGAAUAUUCAUAUCGGGCUACAACUUGUUGGUUGAUCAGUCGAGCUUGACCGGUGAAAGUCUACCAAUAAAUAUAUAUGAAAAAAGUCCUUUUCUUUUAACUGGAACGAAAGUUCAGGACGGGUCGGGUAAGAUGCUGGUGACUACAGUCGGUAUGAGAACUGAAUGGGGUAAGUUAAUGGAUACUCUAAGCGAAGGAGGAGAAGAUGAGACCCCUUUACAGGUGAAGCUCAAUGGCGUUGCCAGUAUUAUUGGUAAAAUCGGACUGGCAUUUGCCGUGACGACUUUUCUAGUGUUGAUCAUCAGAUUUUUGGUGGAGAAAGGACGACUUCAUGAACUUACGAAAUGGUCUUCCAGUGAUGCUGUAACAAUUUUGAAUUACUUUGCUACUGCAGUGACUAUAAUUGUUGUUGCAGUUCCAGAAGGACUGCCCCUGGCUGUGACACUAAGCCUUGCUUUUGCAAUGAAGAAAUUACUGACCGAAAAGGCGCUAGUGAGACAUCUCUCUGCAUGUGAGACAAUGGGUUCUGCUACUUGUAUUUCAACCGAUAAAACGGGGACACUGACUACGAACCAUAUGGUGGUGAAUAAAAUAUGGAUAUGUGGGAAAGAGAAAGGGGUAGAUAGUAAUACAGAUAGGAAUGGCUUAGAUUCAGAUAUAUCAGGAAAUGUAUUAGCCAUUCUCUUGCAGGCAAUAUUUAAUAAUACAGGAUCCGAGGUUGUCAAGGAUAAAACUGGAAAGCGAACUAUUUUGGGGACACCAACAGAAUCAGCAUUGUUAGAGUAUGGAUUGCUUCUAGGUGGUGAUUUUGAUGAUCAUCGCCGGGAGUGCAAGUUGUUGAAGGUCGAACCGUUCAAUUCACACAAGAAAAUGAUGUCCACUCUCGUGGCUCGUGGAAAUGGCAAAAUGCGAGCUUUUUGCAAAGGUGCAUCUGAGAUUAUACUGAAAAUGUGUGACAAUACCAUUGAUUCCAAUGGUGAAGCCUUUCAUUUGUCAGAAGAACAUGUACGAAAUAUAACGAAUGUCAUCAAUGCAUUUGCUGUAGUGGGAAUCAAAGAUCCAGUUCGCCCCGGCGUAAAGGAAGCAGUUAAAAGUUGUUUAGAAGCUGGAAUUUAUGUGCGAAUGAUCACUGGCGAUAAUAUUAACACGGCUAAAGCAAUUGCUAAAGAAUGUGGCAUUCUUAAUGAUAAUGAUCUUGCUGUAGAAGGUCCUUAUUUUCGCAGUGAAACUCCAGAACAGAGGAACGAAAUGAUACCGAAGAUUAAGGUUAUGGCUCGGGCAUCACCUAUGGACAAACAUGUUCUGGUGCAGACGUCAAGAGACGUGCAUAAAGAGGUUAUUGCAGUCACUGGUGAUGGGACCAACGACGCCCCUGCUUUACAUGAGGCAGACAUUGGAUUUGCCAUGGGCAUAGCAGGAACCGAGGUUGCGAAAGAAAGUGCCGAUGUAAUUGUGAUGAAUGACAACUUUACGACAAUUGUGAACGUGGCAAAAUGGGGACGUUCUGUAUACAUAAACAUUCAAAAGUUUGUGCAGUUUCAGUUGACAGUUAAUAUUGUUGCUCUUAUGAUUAAUUUCGUAUCUGCAUGCAUCUCAGGAUCAGCUCCCCUUACAGCAGUGCAAUUGCUUUGGGUCAACCUAAUUAUGGACACUUUAGGUGCACUUGCACUGGCCACUGAACCUCCACAUGAUGGACUGAUGAAGAGGCCUCCUUUUGGAAGGAAUGAGAGUUUCAUUACAGCCCCCAUGUGGAGAAAUAUCAUUGGUCAGAGCAUUUAUCAACUGGCAGUUCUUUUAGUGCUAAAUUUUGAUGGGAAGAAAAUAUUGGGACUUGAAGAUUCUGAUGCUACAGCACUACUAAAUACUUUCAUAUUCAACACCUUUGUGUUUUGUCAGGUCUUCAACGAAAUAAAUAGCCGGGAAAUCGAGAAGAUAAACAUUUUCCGCGGGAUACUUAGAAACUGGAUAUUCACAGGAAUCAUUGCAUCCACAGUCGUAUUCCAAGUAAUUAUAGUUGAAUUCCUGGGCAAUUUUGCCAGUACUGUUCCAUUAGGCUGGCAACUAUGGAUACUCAGCGUAGGACUUGGAGCAGUAAGCAUGCCAAUUGCUGUUGUUUUGAAAUCCAUUCCUGUUAACAAGAAGUCUCCAAAUUCUACACAGCAUGAUGGUUAUGAUCCUCUCCCGACGCCAGGUCUCGAGUGA